AUGGAAGACAUUGCAAGAGAAGCAGAAAGUGCAGCUUCAAGUCAGAGAAUGGGACAGAUCUACCAAGUAACUAAACAACUAAGUGGUAAAAAAGCAAAGAUUAAUAUGCCUAUUAAAGACAAAAACAACAACAUGCUAACAACAGAACGAGAUCAAUGUUUGAGAUGGAAGGAACAUUUUCAAGAGGUUCUUAAUCGAAAAGAUCCAGAUAAUCUAGCAAUUAUUCCUGAGGCACCUUUUGACCUUGAAAUAGACACAGAUCCACCUUCAAAACAAGAAAUACAGAAAGCCAUUAAAAGCUUGAAAAACAAAAAGGCACCUGGCACAGACCAACUAAAUGCAGAACUUUUUAAGAUAGAUCCAAUGCAAGCAGCGGAAACUUUACAUCCAGUAUUCCAGAAAAUAUGGAAACAAGCUGUUAUUCCUAACAAGGCUGUGGAUAAGAAACUAAGACAAGAACAAGCUGGUUUCAGAAAAGGUAGAGGCUGUAUAGACCACAUAUUUGUACUACGUAACAUCUUAGAACAGUGUCAUGAGUGGCAGAGAAAACUUCUAGUAAAUUUUGUGGACUACGAAAAAGCGUUUGACAGCUUACACAGAGAAAGUCUUUGGGAAAUUCUGAGAAACUAUGGAAUACCAAGUAAAAUAGUGCAACUCAUCACGCAGUUCUAUACAAACCUCUCAUGUACCAUCAACUCUGAAGCUGACACUAGUUUCCAUGUUAAAUCUGGAGUGAGGCAAGGAUGCGUCAUUUCAUCUGUGCUGUUUAUAAUUGCUAUUGAUUGGGUAAUGAGAACAACCCUAGCAGAAAGUAACACCGGACUGAGAUGGACACUUUGUACCAUGCUUGAGGGCACAGACUAUGCUGAUGAUUUAGCACUUUUAUCGCAUACCGCAGAUUAUAUGCAGGAGAAGACCAAAAAACUAGAAGAAACAGCUAAAAUGAUCGGGCUUAAGAUCAAUGCCAAAAAGACAAAGUUAAUGUACCUCAAUAUAGAGAGACAACCUGUAAUAUUUAUAGAAGGGAAACAGGUGGAAACAGUCGACUCAUUCAACUAUCUAGGCAGUUGUAUAACAACAGAAGGUGGUACUGAAAGAGAUAUUAAGAUAAGGAUAGGAAAAGCUAGAUCCGCAUUCAUAAGAUUAGGCAACAUCUGGAAAACAGCAGCCUUUUCAAAGAAGACCAAGCUCAGGCUCUACAACAGCUGUGUAUUAUCUGUACUCCUAUAUGGCUCAGAGUGCUGGAGAAUGACUGACAAAGAUAUCAACAGACUCUCCAGCACAUGCCUGCGGAAGAUAGUGAAAAUAUUCUGGCCAAACAAAAUCUCCAACAAGGAUCUGCAUGAGAUAACCAGCACCAACGACAUGGAGACUUUGCUAAUACAAAAAAGAUGGAGGUGGCUUGGUCAUGUUAUACGCAAACCAUCUAAUGACAUGACCAAGGUAGCCCUUAGAUGGACAUCAGAGGGGAAAAGAAAAAGAGGCCGACCUAAAACUACAUGGAGACGCACCAUAGAAAAUGAGCUAAAAGAAAGGGGAUAUACCUGGGGCACGGUGGAAAGAAAAGCAAACAACCGAGAAAAGUGGAGGAAACUUGUCCUUGCCCUAUGUGCCAUUAGGCAUAGCAAGGACUAA